AAAGAAAAACCCAGAGUUGUUGAAUAAACGUUUCCUGGGUAUGAAGCUAACGAUUAUCUUAUUACCUUUGAUUAUCAUCGGUUCCUUUGCGGGAAAAGUUUGUAAAAUAAAAUGUCCUAAUGGAGAAAAAAUUUACGCAAUGGGAACAUCCCAGGCUGACAAACGAACGAUUGUCGAUGUACAUAAUAAAUAUCGGCGAAUGAUUGAAGAAGGAAAAGUACCCGGUCAGCCACGGUCAACUAAAAUGGAGAAAAUGUAUUACGAUGCAAAUCUGGGACGGAUUGCAAGGAAUGUUACUCAGACUUGUAAAAUGGAACAUGUUAUAGUUAAAGACAAGCGGUGGGCAUUUGUUGGUCAAAAUUUGUAUAUAGAACGAAGUAGUAAAAAGUGCAAGAAGACCAACUGGGAAACUGCUAUUAAGAAGUGGUUUGACGAACAAAAAUUAUAUAAAUAUCCGAAACCGCCCACUAGUAAAACUGGUCAUUAUACACAGGUGGUGGCUCAAAAUACAACUGCCAUUGGUUGCGACUAUGUAUUCUUUUAUAACCCCCAAAAACCAAAAAACCCAUAUACUAAACUAUACGCUUGCAAUUAUGGACCAGCGGGAAAUGUUGAAGGUAUGCCGCCAUAUAAUGUACCUACUUGAAGAUGUUUCAAGCGGUGGUAUCAUGUCGGUAAAUUGAUAGUAGGUAAUACUUAGAGGUAUUUAUAUAUGUAUUUGGCUUUCAAAUCUAUGUUGACAUAAAUAAUAUAAUAGAAAAAGAAUUAGAAAAUAAUUAGGUACAGUAUUAGGAGUAUUUAUAUAAAUCGUUAUGGGGUUAGUGUGCUCAUUGAUCUAAAAAUCACUUUAAAAAUAUACUUUUAUAUUUCUGCAUUUUCAACUAAUGUGUUGAAUAAAUGUAACCUUUAGAUUAA